GAGAGCUUGGCAGAAGGACCCGGGAGCCCACAGGCAGCACCAGGACACCAGCAACGGUCACUUUGCUUGCCCCGCCGCACUUCGCUGGCCAGGCUGCCCGCUCAGACGACUGUUGCCGGCAUCAGGGGAUCUUUCCCUUCACGCCUUGGAGCCCUCCAGGACCCUGGAAACAGAAGCACAGCUCACCUGCAAAGCUGCAGAAGAGGACAUGGAAAGCACAAACCUGAACAAGAAAAGAGCUGGUCAGAAGAGGCAGAGGAGCAGAUCUCCAGUCCCGCCCCAAAGGAACAUAGUGGGCUGCAGAAUUUCCCAUGAGUGGAAGGAAGGCAAUGGUCCGAUCACACAGUGGAAGGGUACUGUGCUGGAUCAGGUGCCUGUAAACCCCUCUCUCUACCUGGUGAAAUAUGAUGGGGUAGACUGUGUCUAUGGAUUGGAACUCCAAACAGAUGACAGGGUAUUGUCCCUAAAAGUUCUUGCUGACAAGGUGACAUCUCAAGCCACUGAUGCCAGCCUUGCUCAUGCCAUAAUUGGCAAAGCAGUGGUGCACAGGUUUGAGGGUGAGCAUGGUUCUAAAGAGGAAUGGAGAGGCAUGGUCCUGGGCCAAGCACCAGUGUUAAAUAGUAGCUUUUACAUCACUUACGAGAGAGAUCCCGUGCUGUACGUAUACCAGCUUCUAGACGAUUUUAAAGAGGGGGACCUCCGUAUCAUGGAAGGGUUCAUUGAUCCCCCUCCCUUAGACAUCGACCUGGAACUUGUGGAUGGCCUGAUAGGCAAACAUGUGGAAUACACCAAAGAUGAUGGCUCAAGGAGGGUCGGAAUGGUCAUUCACCAGGUUGAAGCCAAGCCCACUGUGUACUUCAUUAAGUUUGAAGAUGAUUUCCAUAUCUAUGUCUAUGACUUGGUAAAGCAGUUCUAGCAAAUUGUCAAGGCACUGCCA